CCUGCCCCAGAGUAUGCUAUCUUUUUGGCGUCAGAAACAAGGUUCCCAGCUGGCGGUUCAUGACUACUCGCCUUGUUGUGAGCAGAAGCACGCUCAUGAACAAGCACUCUUGGCGCGUCUCAUGAAAGAUUAGAACAGCCUUCUGAUGCGGUUACAUACGCGUGGCAAUCCGCGAUUAGUCUCAACUCACUGCAGAAAGGUCUUCCGUUUUUAAGGACAUCUUCAAUACCUGCUUCCCCCCCUCUAUUUUUCGUGUACAGAGAGGCGCAUCGAGGAUUAUGCGCCACUGUGCAGUUCAGAAUAUUUUCAACGGGAGGCUGGCAUGUUGUGUUUUCCUCCAAGUUGUUAUCUUCACUUUUGCUUUGUGGUUUGCGAUCCAUGUUCAUAUCAGAGGUCACGUCAACCUGCCCAGUAGAGCUGCAAGAGCUGUGAUUGAUAACCCACGCAUAACAAGCUACGUGGUAACACUUGUUGCGACAGGUAUUUCUUUCCUGAAUACACUUCUCCUCGGUCUUGUACUUCAAGUAGCUUUGAGAGCACGAAUGAGUGACACUCUGUCUUUGCAAGCUUUGCGAGGAAGCCUUUCAUUUGUAACAGGACAAAUCCUCCUCGGUGUACGUGGACUCAAGAUCUCCUGGGCCUGGAUAAAAUCCCUGGUAUGCAUGCGUGGUGGAAGAAAGCAUAUCGCACCCAGCGACAGGGAGUACUGGACGUGGCUGGCAUACACAUCGCUGUACGCCGUGUUAUGCGGAUCACUCACGUCGAGUUGGUCUAGUUUUUUGACCCCGACACCUAUGAACCUCCAGUUUCAUUUUACGGGCACACAGGCGGAUUACUCCGCUGCCGCCGCCCAACUCCAAGCUAUCUGGCAAGGGAGUCUUACUCAGUAUCCUAGUGAAAGUUCCCCCCUCGUUACCAACAUGGAUGCAGCAAGAGUGCAAAACUGGGGCCUUGCGGAUGUAACUCUGUAUCUUCAAGCCGGAAAUGCGGCAGCCACGACUGAACUAGGUUCACCGUACUACAUGCCCUUUAUGGGUGCACUGUACAAUGGUUCAACAGGGGGUAUAUACACAACUGCCUCGAUGAUGACGCAACUUGCUGGUCCAAGCAUCCCAUCCGAGUAUACAGGAUGGAGUCGAACCUAUACGACCGUCCAGCAAGGCCUUAGUGCGGAAGUCCAAUGCCGACAACAGGCAUUCAUCAAUGCAACCGAUGUCAACCCAUCUGCGGGUUUGUAUUGGAGUGAAUCACCGGGAAGUUCGAUCACUGCGCCAAAUCUGACCGUCCCAGCAGACUAUAAUAUACUGAGGGGGUUGCUGAUUACAGAUUGUUCAAAUUAUUCGGUAGCUUAUACUAGUGAUAUCCUGGCAAUGGUUAAUACAUCCGGUUACCCCCUGGGCGACGGUGUUUUGGUAGGCUCGGUCUGCCAAUACCAGGACUUCGAGAAGGCAUCAAACCAGUCUUUCCUUGUUCUUUUGCAAGGCUUUGCCCCUUCGUACUCCUUCAUCACACCCACCAUUUGUCAAGUUUCCCCUCGCAUAACAACCGUCAAUGUCGAAUUUGAUGGAAUUACCGUGAACAUCAACGAUACCACGAAUUCUGAGCCGUUAGACCCAGCAGGGCAUCAAGCUGCUUAUAUAGACCAGAUUUCAAAUCUCAUCUGGUAUAUGAUAUUUGAUACGCAGGGUCUUUCUGGAAAUUCCAUGGCAGCUGGUAUUCAAUUUAUCGGUUAUGCCUAUGAUGAUUCUCUUACAAUGAACAGUAGUAUGUUAAACUUCGCGUUGGAAAAUUACCUGAGAGGGGCUAUUGAAUUCCUCGCAACGGUGUGGCAAGUGGAGCUCCAGCCGAUGAGCAACACCUCCAUGGCCGAGUACACUGGUGUAACUCAUGUGGGGUCAAUGGGAUAUGAAUACAGUGGAUCAACCUCUCUUUUCCUCCUCGUGCCUCUGGCCGUCGUGGUGAUCAUCACCUGCGCUGCUGCGCUCUACACUCCUGUGGAAGACUCGAAGAAGCCUGGAGAUGUGUUUCUCCAAGUUAUGAGGACACCAGUAUCAACGGACGGCACGCUACGCAGCUUCGGAGACUUGGAGGACUUUGACCCUACCAAUAUCAUCCACCUCAUGACGCUUGCUUCGAGGACUGGGCUGGAAACCGAAGCAGGGAAGAAUGAAGUACUUCAAAUUCAGAUCAAUUGAGUUGCAUGUUCAGGUACCGAACAGAUACGUAUGGUGGCAGUCACUUCCUGCAGAUGCUGUUCGACCAUGUUUAUGAUCCCAGCCUUCUUUUUACCCGUCAGUUUACUCUUCGUUAUGAAUCUAUCCUUUGCUCGUAGGAGUUUGUAGGGUCCGCGACCCGUGAAUCAUUUGUAUAGUAGUAUCCGAUUCUAUGGUAGUUUUGAUUAUCCG